UCGAGUAUUGCUAUGCUCUCGCUAGCAUUCGGGCUUAUCCCAGCAUUUGUACUCUGGUUUGGUCGACAAGAGCGUCUCGGACGGCCUGCGAUUAUCCCAAACUCGCUGUGGAGGAACAAAAUCUUUACCACCAUUUGUGUUGCAGUCUUCCUGACUUGGGGUACUUUCAAUUCGGUUGAAACGAUUCUGACGUUCUAUUUCCAAGACGUACAGCACCUCUCGGCCACACAAUCUUCAAUACGAUUCUUGCCCGCGCCCGUCACGGGCUUCCUCGCAAACGUCGUGACAGGAUUCCUGGUACAUCGAGUCCCUGCAAACUGGAUGAUAUUUGUCGGUUGUGUAUUUUCAGCUAUAGCACCUCUGGUGAUGGUGCCUGCGACCCCGAGUUCGAGUUACUGGCCAACAGCCUUCCUCGCAAAUGCCCUCAAUCCUGUCGGCGCCGACUGCCUCUUCACAAUCUCGAACCUUCUCAUCACUUCGGUCUCCCCAGCCAAGACUCAGGCUCUCGCCGGAGGCGUCUUCAACAGCAUUAGCCAGUUUGGCAAGUCUGUCGGACUCGCUCUCACUGCGGUAAUUGCUGCGAGUGUAACUGCACAGAGCAACAUCGAGGACAAGCGCAGUCCAGAUGCUCUGAUGAAAGGAUACCAUGCCACAUUCUGGUAUAACUUUGCCUUAGUCGUGCUGACACUGGGCGUCAGUAUUUGGGGCUUGAGGAACAUUGGUAUGGUUGGGCAUAAGAGA